CGGUCCCUCCGCUUCGGGCGCGCGGUCGGAGGCGCAGGCGACGCGCCGGGCGGAGCGGGGCAUGCCGGGAGUUGUGGUCCCGGCGAGCUGAGGCUGUGGGACGUGUCGCGGCGCGGCGCCGGCUCCUCCUUCCCCUCCCUUCUCAGCGGUCCCCCGCCCCUUCCCUCAGCCUCCUCCUCCCUCGCCCGCAGCCCAGCGUCCCCUGCCCCCACCCGUCGGGCUCCUCGGCGGCUACUGCAGAGGAUUCAGAGCCGAGUCGCUGAGGAGGAGGCGGCUCCUGGUCCCUGCGCGCCAUCCGCCACCUUACUGGACACGGGCGACGGAGCGAGAGCGUCGCCUCUGUAGCCUUCAGAGAAGACAAGGGCAUCGCCGCCUCAGCUGCCGCCGCCGCCGCCGUUUUCGCCUGCAGCGGCUCGCCGGAUUCUCAGUUGUCCACAAUGAACCCUGUUUAUAGCCCCGUGCAGCCUGGGGCUCCUUAUGGCAACCCGAAGAACAUGGCCUACACAGGUUACCCCACAGCCUACCCAGCUGCGGCCCCUGCCUACAAUCCCAGCCUGUACCCCACCAAUAGCCCCAGUUAUGCUCCAGAGUUUCAGUUCCUGCAUUCAGCUUAUGCAACUCUGCUGAUGAAACAGGCCUGGCCACAGAACUCGUCUUCCUGUGGCACUGAAGGCACCUUCCACCUCCCAGUGGACACCGGGACCGAGAACCGAACUUACCAAGCAUCCUCUGCGGCUUUCAGAUAUACUGCGGGGACACCAUACAAAGUCCCACCGACCCAGAGUAAUACUGCUCCGCCCCCCUACUCCCCUUCACCCAACCCCUACCAGACGGCCAUGUAUCCAAUCAGAAGUGCCUACCCCCAGCAGAAUCUGUAUGCCCAGGGAGCUUACUAUACACAGCCGGUGUAUGCUGCCCAGCCCCAUGUCAUCCACCACACCACGGUCGUCCAGCCCAACAGCAUUCCCUCUGCUAUCUACCCGGCGCCUGUCGCCGCUCCCAGGACCAACGGCGUGGCCAUGGGAAUGGUGGCCGGCACCACCAUGGCAAUGUCAGCAGGUACCCUGCUGACUGCACCCCAGCACACCGCGAUCGGGGCACACCCUGUCUCCAUGCCAACAUACAGGGCCCAAGGGGCCCCUGCGUACAGCUAUGUGCCCCCGCACUGGUAAAGCCUGCACCCAUCCAAACCCGGAGUCACACAUUGUAUGCAACUACUCAAGUCUUACACAGGUGCUGGAGCAGCUCCCUAGCAGCACCACCUCUAUUUGCAAGAAGAGACAACGGAAGUGCAAGGGUCACUUUAUGCAUCAUUAACGGUUUUGGUUUUUAUUUUUGGUUUUUGUAAAAGCUGCUUUUUCUAAUCUCCUGCCUCUCCCCACCGUCCCCUUGAGCCGCUGCCCUCCCAGCUCCACCCUUCUCCUACGUGACCAGGCACAUCCUCUCUGCUCCUUUCCUCCCCCAAGCGUUCAGUCCUGGGAGCCUAGUCUAGCGGCAGGCAGAGAGUGGGGUCUGUUGCAGUGGUUCAGCUGCAGGUGCGAUUUCCUUUGAAGAGCAUAGUGGAUGUGACCCUUGGGUCCAGGGUAGGAACUCAGAACUGUUGAGCAAACCACAUCUCUGAGGGAUGGUUUCUUUUUCGAUUUUUCUCAAGCAGGAUUAGUUUAAGACACUGCUGUAUCCUGACACAAAUGAAAUAUCUUCUGAUAUUUCUGAGAACCAUCGCAACAGACCAAGAACAAAACCACCUGAUUAGGUAGGAGCGUUCAUAGCAGCUUAAUAAUACCCCAGAUGAGAACCUGGGAAAACCAGAUUUUUUUCUUUGGGAGAACUUGAGGGAGGGUGGGGGGAGGGGCGCACUGUGGGAAGGCAGAGGGAAGAGAGUCGGGAAGCCCUUGCCUGCUGGCUUUGGCUUGUAAGGUCUCUGGCCAAAUUGUCUGGGCCUGGACCCUCUAAUUUGCACAGUGAUGUUAACUGACCUGGCACUUCCUCAGAAGGUGAUUUUUGACCUCAGACCUGCCAAGCAGCUGCAGGAUGGUGGGAUCCCAGCCUUCCAAAGCCUCAGAGGCUAGGUGCCCAGUGUAAUCUAGACCUUGGCCUCUGCGCCUUCAUGGAUCCACUCUGGUGAGGAGCUUGCUCCUGAGUAGAGUGGAAACCUGUGGCAUUUCUCUCCCUUCCCUUUGUCCUUCCCAGAGCCAGGGCUCACCUGUCUGUCCACGGCACUGGCAGACAGGCUAAGUUCUUGGUUACCUUGUGCCAUUCAUGGCCAAAGUGAAGGAACCACAUUCCAGGUGGGUGCUGGUGGCUCUGGAGGUCAGGAUAGUGAAGGAAAAGCAAUAGCAAUAAACAUUUCAUCGACUCAUGGAACUGAAGGGACCUUAGCAAUCAUCUCAUCCAUUCCCCUGUUUGACAGAUAAGGAAGCUGAGGCCCAGAGAAGAGGAAGGGACUUCCCUAGACCUUGCAGUAAAUUAGCAUUAAAUGCAACCUUCCUGCCUGGGGCAUGUUGCCCACAAAAAUUUACCUAGGGAUGGAUUGGCUUGGCUUUGUAAAAAUGAAGCCAGCAGUGCCCACACCUGAUGAGCUCUGGAACAGUCUCUGGGCUUUUGUUUCUGCUCCUUUCCUCCAUGGAUUUCAGAGGCAGAGGUUGAAGACUUGGCCGAGGUCACAUGGGGGCAGAUGGUGGGAACAGAAAUUGCAAAUGAGGAAAUAGCAUUUGGAAAUUCUGUGAAGACAUCCGGACCUCUCAUCCUAUACCUGACUCCAGCCCUUGGAGGAGCAGGUGGACUGGCUGAAAAGGAGUCCAUGCUGUUAAGACAGUAGCCCCUCAUCCUGAGAGGAGAGGAGGAAACAUGCACUCUCUGGGGAGAAGAGGGACCCCUGGGUCAGGAGGCCCCAUUGGUCUCAGCCAGGAGCCCAGCUGUCUAACACUGCCCCCCUGCACCCGGCACUUGGAGGGGUUAGCAGCCCCUUCGGGGAUGGUUGGUGGCGGGGU